CUGACGUCACUCCGCAGCGCUCGUGAGGAGGAUUGCUCGGUCUGCGCAUGCGCGGGAGAGUCCUUCAGAAAUCAAUGCUGGAAUAUUCCUUCGGUUUCUGAGUGAAGACGAGCAUCAGAUCAUCAGGAAGAGUUUCUUACAGACAGAGAGAAGAUGAGAGAUCCAGAACACACUGAAGAGACUGAAGAACAGACAGAGUUGAUUGGAGAUAAUGAAGAAUCGAGUGAUGUUGAGAAGAAUCGCGUCAGAAGUGGAGAGAAACCCAAACGGAAAAGACGGGCCACGAAAUCUUUGACCUGCACUCAGUGUGGAAAGAGUUUCUCAAACAAACACCAUCUGGAUCUUCACAUGAGAGUCCACACCGGAGAGAAACCCUUCAGCUGCGGCCGCUGCGGGAAGAGCUUCUCCCUUUCAUCCACCCUCAAGGAGCACGAGAACAUCCACACCAGAGAGAAGCUCUUCACCUGCGAUCGCUGUGGGAAGACGUUCCUGAGCGCUUCGGCCCUGAAGAAACACCUGACCGUUCACACCAAGGAGAAACCGCAUUCCUGUCCUUCGUGUGGAAAGGGUUUUUCUCGCGUGCAGAGUCUGAGAGAACACCAGAAAACACACGCCGGUGUGAGAGAGUACAUGUGCUUCGAGUGCGAGAAGACCUUCAGUUCGGCCAGCAAUUUAAAACAACACCAGAGGACCCACACCGGAGAGAAACCCUUCACCUGCGGUCAGUGCUGGAAGAGUUUCUCACGCUCUUCUUCUCUGAAGAUACACAUGAACGUCCACACCGGAGAGAAGCUCUUCACGUGUGCUCGGUGCGGCAGGACCUUUCUGAGCGCCUCAAACCUGAAGCAGCACCUCGUAGUUCACACGAAGGAGAAGCUACACUCCUGUGCUUCGUGUGGAAAGAGCUUUUCUCGCGCGCAGAGUCUGAGAGAACACCAGAAAACACACAGCGGUGUGAGAGAGCACGCGUCCGACGAGUGUGAGAAGACCUUCAGUUCAUCGAGCCGUCUGAAACAGCACCGGAGGACACACACCGGAGAGAAGCCGUUCACCUGCGGGCGCUGCGGGAAGACUUUCUCACACUCGUCAGCUCUCAAGGGACACGAGAACAUCCACACCAGAGAGAAGCUCUACACCUGCGAUCGCUGCGGGAAGACGUUUUUUAAUGCUUCCAACCUGAAGAAACACCAGACCGUUCACACCAAGGAGAAACCGCAUUCCUGUGAGCUGUGUGGAAAGAGCUUUUCACAGUUUGACAACUUGAAGGUGCACCAGAAAACACACGCUGGUGUGAGAGAGCACGUGUGCUUCCAGUGCCAGAAGACCUUCACUACGUCCAGCAAUUUAAAACAACACCAGAGGACUCACUCCGGAGAGAGACCGUACGGCUGCGCCGCGUGCGGGAAGAGCUUCAAUCAGUCGUCUGCUCUUCACAAACACACUAAACACUGUCGUCUUCAGGUCCAGCUCGUCACGCAAUAAAGCUUCAAGCAGGGAAACAUCAUCCGGACGAGAUGAGACCAAGAAACACUAUCUGAGUGAAUAAUGAAGGAGUUUUAGUUUGUUACUGUACUUAAGUAUAUUUUAGAAGUAUCCGGACUUUAGUUUUAUUUUAGUAACUUUUACUGAAGGCUGUUUCUGUGCGAGUCAAAAUAAAACUUCUGGGUGAUAGAUGAUACGACAAACAAGAUAAUGUGCCUUGCUUUGAUGACAGUAAUAAAAACAUGAACAAGUUUCUUCAAGUCCUGACUGGAAACAGUGCUGAAUUAGUUCCUGCUUUGUCAUGAGUACUGAAACUAAGGUCCGUCUUCAGAAUCACAUCGAGAUUCUUGACCUGAUUUUUAGUUGUUUGACCUCCAGACUCGAGGUAUGCCUCCUUCUCAUUGUCUGAGUCAGUGGGAGCAUGUAGGGUUUAAACAGGAGCGGUGCGAGAACAGAGCCUUGUGGGACACCGCCUCUUAGACUCAGGAUCUCUUAUACUCUCUCCAAGACCUGAACCAUCUGCGUCCCAGAAAACCCGACCCAGUCUUUCUAGAAGGUCAUCAAGUGUCAAGCGGAGAGAUCUAGCCGCAUUUCAGAAUAGGAUUCAUCAUCUUUAUGAGUGCUGUGAAAGGAGGUGUGAUACUGGUCUGUAGUCAAGUUAAGCACACUUUUGAAAAGAGAUGCAAGAAGUGUGCCUUUAGUUCAAUAAUGAAUCUCCUCUGUUAAUCGUGAACACAUACAUAUAUAUCCCUGAGAAGGGUUUGCAUGAAAUUUCUCUUUGCUUGCUGUGUGAUUCAUAUUUUUGGACGUGGCAGUAAACCAUGAGUCUAGAUGAGUGAAGAGAACGCAGUACAUUAAUUAUUAGCUUGAACUGUGGCUGUUCUUUAUUUCUAUAUCCUCUAGGGUUUAGUCUAAAACUAAUGAUUCUAAGAAAUAAAGGGAAGUGAAAACGGAUAUGCAUGUGUGUAUCUGGCUUUGUUCUUUUAGAUACGCUCUAGAUUAUAUUUGACACAUCAACUUUUAAUUUUAUGUAAGAUUAACAGGAAUCGUACCAAUCAGUUUUAAACCGAUUUAAAGGGCAACUUGAAUAUUAAUAUUGUCCUCAAAGACCUCAUGAGAAAAAAGUGACAUACCUUCAGAAAGACCAAAUCAAAAUACUCUUUUUUAAGUGAAGUAAAAGAUAAAGGUCUUAUGAGGGCUAUAGAUCAUAUCUGAGCGCAUGCAUGUUUUAUAAAUGAUAAUAAAGAAGAAAUAAAGACUCCUGCUCCUCACCUAUCCAGUGUACAGUGUUGGGUUCCUCAAGUUAAGAUUGGAGCAACUCACUUUCUGAAUGUGAUCAAGAACAUCAAAACUAGUAAAACCAUUGACCGAAGGGCGGACAUCAUCACUGAGCUUCAGGUCAAGCCCUGAGUUAAAGCACACGUGUUAUAAUCGUGUUUAAAUGAUCUGCACUCAAACACGUGGUGGUUCUUCAACGGCAUCUGCAGUUUUAUUACAAAAAAAUUCAGAAAAUGUAGAAAUUCAGACAAACACGUGAACGCAAGAGUGAGAACAGAAAGAGUGUGUGUGACGGAGCUGCAGAGUUAUUACAGUUAGAUCAGAAAACACAACCAGAAACCUCUAAUUAAAUUAUUCAAAUAAUACACUCUUAUGUUCUGCAUUAACGGCUCAUUUCUGACGCGUGUGACUCUACAUCACCAUUCAUCAUCAUGUGCUGUCAUAAUAAAAGUCCUGCUGUCAUAUAUUCAAAAAAAAAAAAAUAAAGACAAAAAUACUAGCGAAGCAAAAUAAAAGCAACACAUCAGAAACUAAAUGUGAAGUACUUACACAUGAUGAAGCGUUAAGGUCGUCAUGUGAAAUAAUAAUUAUAUCAUACCCUCAUGUGUCUCACUAGCGCUAGAAGACUUUGGUCUUUAAGACACAGUUCUGUACAACAUGUGUGUGUGAGAGUGUGUGUGUGUGUGUGUGUGUGUGUGUGUGUGUGUGUGUGUGUGUGUGUGUGUGAGUGUGUGUGUGUGUGUGUGUGUGUGUGUGUGUGUGUGUGUGUGUGUGUGUGUGUGAGGUAGCUGCAGACACAUGAGCUGUUUAUUUACUAGCUGUUGCUGUAGAUCUGAAUGAGUGUGUGUGUGUGUGUGUGUGUGUU